AUGGGGACACGUCAAUGGCUCUCAACGGUCGGCGCGUCUCGUCGCUUUUUGCAUUCGUCGCUUGCUCAACGACGCGAGCGAUGCGCUCUCGUCCACACGUCUGUCGCUCCUACUGCCGCAUCGACAGCGCGUGACGUGAGCGCGUUCCGAGUCGGUGUCGUCGGCUUAGGCGCUAUUGGCACUAUCUUUUUCACUCGAUUAGGUCGGUUGGCUGCGGCCCGCAAGACUCGAGAGGGACUGCCAACGCUGUACGUCGAUGCGCUGGUGAAAGCCGAGCAGUUUGAUACGUGGAUAGAGAACAAGAUGGAGGAGGAGGAGACGGUGACGAUGGAGUUGAUGCAGGACGGACAAGAGACCGAGACGCUGGACUUUCAGGUGCUUUGUACUACGGAUGCAGCCAAAGUCGCAAUGGGUUGCAACGUGCGGGUUCGUGCACUGGUUGGACAAAGUGCAGGCGACGCUCGAGAGGAUGAUGACAGGCUGGACGUCUUGAUGGUCACAGUGAAAGCUCACGACAGUCGAGACGUGAUGCGAGCGCUGCGAGAGAAGCAUUGGCACUUGUUGCAAGAUGAUGCGCUCUGUGUCUUGCUCCAGAACGGACUGGGAGACGAAGCAGUGCCAGCUGAGGCGAAGGAGAACCGACUGGACGAUCGAUGGCAACUUGCAAGCGGCGUGACGUUUGUAGGUGGACGAGUGCUGGCAUUUGCAGCGGUUGAGACAAGUGGACUGGACGUUGGGAAGACGUACAUUGCGCCGUUCAUCGGACAUGUAGGCGAGACGCAAUGGCGUAAACCAGGAGACGCUAAUACCGUGACGAUGAUGCAAAGGGAUUGUCAUGGCACGAUGCAGAUGCUCGCCGACGUCCUCGUUGCUGCAGGACUGCACUGCCAAGUGCUGGACAGCGACGCCAUGCAAGCGACGCUCUGGCACAAGCUGAUCGUGAACGCUGCGAUCAAUCCGCUGGCGUCCGUGCUGGACGCGCCGAACUUGAGCGUGGCGAGUAGCGAGAGCAGUCGUCAGUGUGUCCGUCUCGUGGUGCAGGAGGCUCUUGCAGUCGCCCAGUGCGAGCACGUUCUGUUGGAUCGCACUCACAAUGAACUAGCAGACGAUGUCUUCGAGGUGGCUCGCAAUACUGGAUCCAACGUGUGUUCCAUGUUGGCAGAUCUGCGUCGCGAGUCCAGAACGGAGAUCGAUGCAAUCACCGGACGUAUUGUUGCAGGUGGAAAGCGGCACGGGAUCCCCACACCGACCAACGAGUUGCUCCUUUUGCUGAUCAAGGCGCUUGAAACGGAACGAGCACGGCGAUCUCGAUAG